GUCCCACACCAGACCAGCACGGAAAAUGGCGACUGUGAAAUAGAUGGAAGACGAAAGUAAGAAAUUAUUCAAUGCAUCGUUUAAAUUGCGCCCUGUCUGCAUCUGCACCGCUCAGAGGUCAUGGCAGCUGAAAUGUCAUGUCGGACCGGUGUUGAUGAAGACGACAAAGAUGCAGAUCAUGAAAUCAACGCCCUCACACUCUUGCAAGAACCAGUGAGAAUGACCCAAGAAUCCGCAUCUUGCACCAAUUCUUACGGCAAGCCUUCUUCGAAACAAAACAGCGUCCUAGAUGUUUUGUCGAACACAGAUAUGCUGUCUCCGGGUGGCCUGGGAAAUGGACCACCUUCGCACCAGGCUACAGAAGCCCAUGAACUCAACAGCAUCUCUAUAGAGAAGGAGGAGACAAAGAGCAUCACCCCAUUAAAAACGGUGCAGGAAAUUGACACUGCAGGAAUUUGGGGUUUUGAUGAAGACUCUCCGGAGAACUCAUUGGAUGAUUUUAGUAAUGCCAGUGACCUUCAUUGGGACCCUCACAAAGAGUUCAUGCAGUUUCUGUGGGAGAACCAUGGGGAUUCCCCUGGUGAGGAGCAUAAAGAUGAAGACCCUCCUUCCAACAGCCAAAAGACAAGGAGACGAAAAAUGGACAUGGUUGUCAUGGUGGAUCCCUCAGAGGACCUUUACCCCAAUCUGAGCCACAAGUCACCUGAGGAAUUGUCUGAUGUUGAAGACCACGUAGAUUCCAUUCCAUUCAGAAAAUUCAGAAAGUCAAGGAACCUUCCCCAGUCAGAGUCAUCUCCAUCAGGUAAAGUUACAAAGUAUCCUAAUGGAACAGUCAAGGCCAUCAAGGACAUUCUUUACAAUCCACCUGCCAGAAAUUCCAACGAGAACAGUAUAGGUCAUGGGCUUUUACCAUUGAAGGGAAGACUUACCAUCAAUUCUCAUUCUGAGGAAAAGCCAUUAUGCUACCCGUGCUCAAAAUGUAAGCUUGUAUUCAAGAAAGAACAUCAUUUACAUCGUCACAUGAAGUCUCACGUUGACGCGCCGAAUAUUUCGCCAAAGCUUUUUAUAUGCCGAGAAUGUGGACUGUCCUUCAAACAAAGUGGUUUGCUUAUUGAGCACAUGUCCAAGCACAAGGAGAAAACGGCAAGACUCGCUAAGGAGAUCAAACGCAUGAAUGAUAAGAAGAAAGAGGAUAAAAAGAAUCUUUUCUGCCCUCAAUGCCCAUUUGGUACAAACUGCCCAAACAAGUUUGUUCAACAUGCCAAAACACACGAGAAGGACAAGAGAAAGUUUAGAUGUGACAAAUGUAGCUACAGGACUAUGAGUGAGACUGAUCUUAGGAGACAUAACAUUAUGCAGCAUACUGUUAUUACUGUAAGAAAUCAGAUCCAGAACAAAGACUCUGAAAUCUACUCCUGUAACAUUUGUUCUUAUAGAGCUCUUAGCAAAAAUGUUUUUAGGAAUCACCUUCUGCGACGUCAUCAACAAACCUUUGAGGAAUACGAAGCAGAACAUUUAAGAGAAGAAAAUGCACAAAAAUCGAAGGAGGAGCACACACCUAAUAGUUCAUCUCCUGUAGAAGAUGCAGAGUUUACAUCUAAAAUCUCUAUAAAAAAACAGAUCUCGUCUAAAAGAACUUGUUCACCGACUGAGUCCAAUGAUAUUUCAGACUUAUUCAAAAAUAGCAAGAUCAAGAGAGGUCUCAAGUCUCAACUAACGGAAUCAAAGCUCGACAAAUCCAUUAAUGUUCUCCUGUCCCGACAAAGAAAUGGAAAAAAAAUUGCAGAACCGAAGAGGGAAAGCAAUAAUCGCAGCACAUUGGUUCUGGAUUCCAAAUGUGACAAAGAUGUCUCUGAUCAAUUGCCUGGAUCCUUGACAGUCAAAGUUGAAGAUGCAGCUUUAUCCCCAAAUGGUCAUAGUUCAGCAGAAAGACAUCAGUCAACACUCAGAAAGUCACCGUCUAAAAGGAAGAUGUCCACCCCAUAUCGCAACACCUCUGACCAAGACUCAUGCUUCAUCUUACCAAAAACUCUGCCAACUCCACAGAAUAUAAACCAAGAAGAAGAAGAAGAAGAAGAAGAAGAAGAAGAAGAAGAAGAAGAAGAAGAACUGUCAGACUAUGACAAAAAAGACAUUUUCCAGUUUACCGAUUCAGAUGCCGAUACUGACUUUUUUGACAGUGGUAUAAAGAAAGAAAAGCAAAACAUAAUUUAUACCUAUAGCAGAAGAAUGUCAAUGAGGGGUGCUCUGCAGGCGUCUAAAAGGCUGUUUGAAAAAAUAAAAACUGAAGAGCAAGAGCAGACUGACCCUGAAAUCAAAGAAGAAUGCAUUGAAACAGAAGUAUUUCAAGAAACCAUAGACUCCAACCAAAUACCAUUGUGUGAAGACUUCACAGAGGAUUUGUCAGAGUUGGAUUCGGAACGGAAGAACUGUCCAUACUGUCCUGCAAUCUUUGAGUCGGGCGUUGGAUUGUCCAAUCAUGUCCGAGGGCAUCUUCAUAGGGUUGGACUGAGCUACAAUGCACGCCAUGUGGUUCCUCCUGAGCAAGUAGUUACUCACGACAGGAGGCCAAGAAUUCGACGGAAGAUGUCAGCAUACCAGAGACUGAAAAAAGCGUUACAGCAACAGGAGUCUGAAUCUGAGACUGUGAAGAGCAUUCACUCCUGUCCUUUAUGUGGGGACUCAUUUGAUAACAGGACUGGUCAGUCCAACCACAUAAGAGGCCACCUCAAAAAGCUUGGUAAAAGCUUUGCAACAAAGAACAAAUCCCCGUUAUGUUUACUCCGCGAGUUGAUGCGGGACAAGAAGGAGUUCCAGCGGGCCCUCCAAAUUGUGGGAAAGAAAAGGAACCAUUUCCAAUAUGGUGCUUCCCCAAAGCUUUCCAGUUUUGACAGUUUCACGCCACCGCCCAUUGGAUGCCCCGGCGUUUGCACUGAUUCCACACCAUUGAUGUCCCCGUUUUCUUUGGCGGGAAUAGAAUCGGAACAAGGGCAACCAGAGACUAAGUUGGAUGUUAAAAAUUCACUCUCCGGCACAACUGCUUUGAUAGGAAUUCUGAAGAAGAGGAAGUGUCAGGAGGACGGCAAAAUAAAGGGGUCCCUUCAGAUGGCAAGAAACAUGUUACUUUCUUCAAACAGUGAGCACUGUCCAGGAUCAAGAGUUGCAUCUUCACUGCCAAAUUCAAUAUGCGAGAAAGGUGAAUUCAAUAGGAAGAUGUGUGUCCAUUGCAAUGCAACUUUCCACAGUGGUGUUAGCUUGUCUAAUCACCUGCGGGCAUAUGCAAAACGAAAAAGGAAUGCCGUACUUGACGGAACCGCAUUUGACUGCAAAGCAAGGAGGUACCGCUCAAGGCCUGGCUCAAAGAAGAAGCUACUGCCCUUACCACAAACUCCAGAGGAAAUGUACAGACUCACCUGCAGGUUCUGUGACCUCGUCUUCCAGGGUCCGUUGUCGGUGCAGGAGGACUGGAUUAAACACUUACAGAGACACAUUAUGAACACUAGUGUCCCUCACACUGGGCUGGGCAUGAUGGAGGUCACCUCGCUGCCCAGGGACCCCUCAACUUUCAAGACUGACCAAGACAGCUCUCUGACAGCCACACACGCUGCCUCAUGAAGCCAACGGGGACCUUUUUAGAUUUCACUAGACUAUGUGUAUGUACAUUGGAUGUUUUCACUUUUCUUUUCUCUUUUAGUCAAAAUACUGGCUAAAAGUAAAUCAUUGGUCAAUGAUGGAGAGAUAUUGUACAUGUUUGGACAGAAGAUUUUUUUAAUUAUUUGGAUAUUGUUACUUUUUGUUGUUUUUACAUGGUUCAUUUUCUGGAAAUACACUUCCAAACGGACACACUAUUUUGUUUUAUGCAGUAAUAUAGUGUGGAAUCCAAGACAACCUUUACCUCAGAUUUUUCAUGGUUUCCGUUUUUGUCAAAAUUUGGGAGCACCUCUCUUCUGUAUCAAUUUCACUCUUUAAAAGAUGCUUAAAAUCAUGUUUGUUGUAUUGCAACAUGUCCAAGCCCACAGUCUCUGUUUCCAGGCCACAGCGUGAGUGAGAUGAAUAUUCCCACUGAAAAUGAUGGCAUCUGAAAGCUCACUUUUCCACGAAUCCCGAGUGGAAAGAUGAGCUACUCUACAAGAACAAAAAGAAAAUGUCUACAAACUUGUAAUGCAUAGAAAGUGGUUUUAAAAAAAAUAGUAUUUCAGUUAACUGCAUUGUUUUUAUUACAAAUACAAAAUUAAAACUGAAGGUGGUUAAGAAAAAAAAGACUUAAAGCACAGCCGGUGCUGACGACGCCCUUCAUACAUGUCACCUAUAUUUAAUGUUUGAAUAUACUGUUUUGAAAAUAAUUUUAUUUUAAAUGUACUAUAUCACUCAGAUACAAUGCUUAAAACAUUUGUGUUGUUCUAAAUAAAAGAAAACAAGAAACAA